CACGAAUCAGCGUUUGCCUCAGGUCACCGGGUGCCCGAGGGCCAGGGUCUUUAGCACACCUGUUUGAAACACGAAGACGGCUAACCAUUAGCUCCAUCUGGCCCUUUCAUGCCGGCUGCAGACUUCGUUGACAGCAAGACAAGCUUGGCUUAUAAUCCCCAAGCCCUGCGUUUGCUGUCAUAAUGUUUUACUCGCCAACCAGUUCCUUCGAUGUCUAUGGCUCAGCCCAGGAUUCGUGAUACGCUUGUGGCACACGAGAAGCCGAAUGCUCCGGAAGAGUUGGAACAUGUGCAUUCGUCUAAUUCUUCGCCAUCUUUUUCAGAAUCUGACCCUCCAGAUGGCGGGUUUUGGGCAUGGGCAACUGCUUUCGGGUGUUUUUUGAUACAGUUUUGUGGUUUUGGAUACGUAUCGUCUUUUGGAGUGUACCAAGAUUUUUACACGCGAAUUUACCUGGCCGACCAACCACCAUCUGCAAUAUCAUGGAUUGGUGCAUUGACCUCGUUCCUGGCAGAUAAUGUCACCUUGAUCUCAGGACCGCUGUACGACAGAGGAUGGUUUUACCAAUUGAUGAUUGUGGGGUCGGCCCUCCAGUCACUAUCCUUGUUCACGUUAUCCCUCGCAAGGCCUGGUCAGUUCUAUCUUAUUUUCAUGGUUCAAGGUGUCCUUUCUGGGUUGGGGAUGGGCCUAACAUACGGUCCCUGCAUGGCGGUCAUCUCUCAGCACUUCUCCAAAAGACGCACGUUGGUAAUGUCUCUAGUCGCGUCCGGUUCACCAAUGGGUGCCGUUAUUCAUCCGAUCAUGCUGAAUCACCUUUUGAACGGCUCUGUUGGCUUUGCGCGAGGUGUCCGUGCCAGUGCAGGUUUUGUUAGUGCCCUUUUAUUGAUCGCCUGCUUAUCCAUGCGCACAAGAGCACUAUCAACAUCGAAACCGACCAUCAGCUAUAGUGCAGCUGUGCGAAAAUGCUCUCGCGAUGUUUUCUUCAUCCUCAUAACCGUUGGGGCAACGAUAUUUCAGAUCGGGUAUUACUUCCCUAUAUUUUACUUGCAACUCGACUCUAUCAAACAUGGGAUUGACGUCCAUUUCUCGUUCUAUUCCCUUGUAAUCAUGAAUGCUGCCUGUGUUAUCGGCCGUUGCACGGCAGGAAUGAUUGCGGUGUAUACGGGGGUGUUGAAUUUCACGAUUGCAUCCACUGUCGCAUGCAGUGCCAUCAUAAUGUCCAUGAUAGCUCUCAGUGACGUGGUCAGUGUGGUUGUGUUAGGACUUGCGUAUGGCUACUUUUCCGGUGUUUAUGUUGCAUUGAUGGUACCGUUGGUGACUGCAUUCACGCCUGACUUGUCCGAGCUAGGAGCGCGAUUUGGGAUAUGUUUUGCCUUAACUGUGGAUUACUCGGUGGCCCAAUAUCAGGAGCUUUGCUUUCUUCUCAAUAUAGGUGGUGGAUACCGUCGCUCUUCAGUGGGCUCAUCUCAUUUCUUGGAAGUUCAAUGCUUGUAGUGGUGCGCUUGAUGAUAUACCGCAGACGGUAAAUGGAAGACACUACGGCCACACACAGCGCGCGGAAACGAGGUGAAGUUCCCGUGUGUUGUAUGAGCGCUUUUUCUUCGGCUCGGUAUAUAUGCUUGUCUGUUCUACAUACUCACCCUUGUGCAUAAUUUAUACCUACGAGCACUGUCAAUAC